GUAGGUGCAAGUGACCCGUCAACAGUGGCAGGAAUUUUAUCAACUUCGACUUAGUAGAGAGGUGCUCUGCGAGGCAAAGCACAUGCUCGCUUCUCCGGGGCGCUCGAUGACGCUGAACAUCUUCAGGGUGCUCUUUAGGGAGGCCCUUAACGAUGACUACAGCAAUGCGAUACGCGACGAGAACGCCAGUAGCCAAAAUCGGGCGUGCCCUACCGCCUUCAGAUGGUGUUUGGGGACUAUCGAAUGUGAUCGCAUUCACUGCCUUGGCCAAAGAGUAGGCUUAGUUGUUGAAGUCCGUCAGACUGAUCGUGUCCAACCUCGGGCGGUGUUCCACCCAGUUCAACUGAACUGGGUGAACAGCUUCAGCUUUCCUAGCUCUGGUGUGGCGUACCGAUACUGGACGCUCACCGCCAGGUCCAUGAGCAACUCAGGAUUCUCCCCUCUUGGCGGGUCGGAAGGCUGCAUGCCUGCUCUAUUAGCUUAUGGACAAUGA